AAUGGCAUUGUCAAAAGGGGCUUCGAUAGCGAUUGUAACGGUCAUUUGCCUUCUCUUAGGUGUUCUAAUCGGCUUCCUAAUCGGCUGGUUUUCUAGAGCCCCCCAUGAUGCCGUUAUUUUAAGGCACGUUCCAACCAAAUUGGUCGAAGACGCCGAUAAUGAGAUCAGGGAUAAGAUACUAUCUUACGUCAAUCCUGAAAAACUUAGGGAAUAUUUAAGACAACAAACAUCUGAAUCACAUCUAGCAGGAACAAAGACAGAUUCAAAAAAUGCCCAAAAACUAUUGGAGUUCUGGAAAGGCUUGGGUCUUGAUGCAGAAAUAAAAAGCUAUAAAGUUCUUUUAUCGUAUCCAUCAGGAUCUAUAGCUAACAAUAAUUUUGUAUCUUGGGCGGAUGGGGGAUAUUAUAGGACUAGAGCGUAUGAACCUCAAAUUGGAAAGUUUAGCUAUCCCGGACAAAUUGUAACACCUUAUAACGCUUAUUCUGCAGCUGCUACGGUUUUCGGUGAAUUAGUGUAUGUGAAUUACGGAAGAGAGGAAGAUUUCGAGCUUCUAGAAGAGGAGUACAAAGUAAACUUUACGAAUAGAAUUGUCGUUGCCAGGUACGGAAAAUGUUUUAGGGGUAUGAAAGUUAGAAACGCCGAGCGUUGGAAAGCAGCAGGUAUUGUCCUUUUUACGGCUCCUGCCAAUUACGCUCCGGAAAAAUGGAAAGGAGAAAGAUAUCCUAAAGGAAUUUUCAUGCCGCCUCACGGCGUUCAAAGAGGGUCUGUCUUUUUGGCGAAAGGUGAUCCAGAAACUCCUGGUUACCCUUCGAUAGAAGGAACUUAUAGGGAAUCGGAAGAAGAUAUUCAUCUUCCAACAAUACCCGUCUUGCCUAUAUCGUAUAGUGACGCGCGUCAACUGUUAAGGAUCAAGAACGGUAACAGUUUUGAAGAACAUCAUUUAACAAAAACUAAUCCUCUACCAGCUUCUUGGGACCAUAAAUUAGGCAUUCCCGAUGGUCGGGAUGUAAGUAGGUUCUACGAAUGGCAGAAUUACGCCAGCAGCUAUUCAAGAAAAGUAAAUCUGACCGUGAAUGUGACGAAGACGAUUCGUAAGAUCAACAACGUCCAAGCGAUUAUCAAAGGACAGGUGGAGGAAGACCGUUACGUAAUCAUUGGCAACCAUCGAGAUGCCUGGGUUUAUGGAGCAGUCGAUCCAUCAAGCGGAACUGCUGUUAUUAAGGAAACAUCGAGGGUAUUCUCAAAAUUAUUGGAAGAAGGUUGGAGACCUAGACGAUCUAUUCUACUCUGUAGUUGGAGUGGCGAAGAACAAUCGUUAAUCGGUUCCUACGAAUGGGCCGAGGAAUUUUCGCACCUGAUCUCCAGCCGCGCAGUGGCCUAUGUCAAUGUUGAUUCAGCUGUAAGAGGUAACCAGACUUUCCGGGGAAGAGCAAUGCCUCUUUUGAAGGACCUUAUGAUAGAUGUCGCAAGCCAUAUACCAGAUCCUAACAGUACUGAUGAAAAUCCAAUAACAAUUCUCGAUACUUGGAAAUCUUUUUACCCGCCAUUAAAUUCAAAAACUCAACCGAAUAUUGAACCCCUGACGUCUUUUAGCGAUAACGCCGUCUUUAUGUCUAGAUUGGGCGUCUCCUCAGUUGACUUUUCAUACGAUUUCGGACCCGAGAGCUACCCGUUUGACAAAUAUCCACUCUAUCAUACAAGAUACGAUACAGUAGAUAUGGUUGAAAGAUUCGUUGAUCCACACUUUCAGGUGCACGCCGCAGUAGCUAAAUUUACUUUGGAAUUUGUUAGAAGAUUAGCCGACAAUUAUAUUUUACCUUUUAAACCAUCCGUCUACGCUCAAGAAUUAAUAGAUGACCUUAUCAAGUAUAAACGUCACAUUGGAUUCUCGCACGAGGCCUAUAGCCCGGAUGUUGAACCGGCGAUAAACCGUCUGAACGAGAGUCUCGUGGAGUUCUUAGAAAAUGCUAUAGAUUUCGAGGAUAGUCUUUCGGAAUUAAAUCGAGACAACCCUAUACUUAUAAGAAGAAUAAACGACCGCCUUACUAACGUUGAAAGAUGUUUCCUAGACUAUCAAGGCCUACCAAACAAUCGUUUAUCGAAUCACCUAGUUUUCUCCCAGGCGUUUCACCAACCGAGCAAAGUUUCGUCGUUACCAGGCUUAUACGACGUUACUUACGAAGCGUCUCGCAAAAUGCAGUAUAACCUUAAAGUGAAAAAAUGGAAGGUAGUAUUUAAGCAUUUGAGCGUUUUAAGGGGAUUUGUUAAUCAAGCUGCAAAAACCCUUAGUAAAUCGUUUAUCUAG